AUGGGACAGGAGAAGAGGGCCCAUGGCAUCCUAGACUUCCCCAGGCUGGAUGACCACAGAAGGAAGCUGAGUCAGACUGCAGCCCCUCCUCACUUCCUGCAAGUGACCGGACCCCAGGAAGUCCCCCACCCCUGCCCCAGUGGAGACCUCCAGGCUGUCUCAGGGAUCAGAGCCCAGCGCUGGCCCACAAAGCACGCUGAGUGGAGGGGGGAUUCCUACCCCAAAAGAAAGGCCUGGGCCUCGCCCAAGAGCCGGCCCCUCUCAGCCACAGGCCAAGGGAGCAGCGCCCUCCCGCUACUGGCACUCACCUUGCUCUGCAUCUGUGCUGAGUCUGUGCGGCUGGCCACGGGGGAGGACCACAACGAGUCUUUCAUCGACUUCCUGCAAACGCUGCUGGUGGGAUCCGCAGAAGAGCUCUAUGAGGGGCCCCUGGGCAAGUACGACGUCAGGGCAGAUGCCAAGGCAGCGGUGACCGAGCUCAAGUCCUGCAUAGAUGGCCUGCAGCCCAUGCACAAGGCAGAGCUGGUCAAGCUGCUGGUGCAAGUGCUGGGCAGUCAGGACGAUGCCUAG